UUUUACUGAAAGUUUCAUCCAGAGUGGAUGAAUUCUGAUUAUUUCUGCAAAAUUGAUUAAUUUUUUACCUAGUCUUUAAUCUCAAAUUGAAAAAAAAAUAGACCCCAAAAGCUGUAUUGGUAGCUUGGUUGAGGGGUAGCUAUCGACAGUGGCUGUGGGUGAAGGGAAGAGAACAAUUUAUUAGUUUGGAACUUUGGGAUUAACAAAGGAAUUACAAAACAAAGGCAUUACUUGUAUUCUGUAUAAGAGGACAGUCGUAUUGGAAGAACGAAAAAGGUGGGCACUUCUAUACCCUGAAAUCGUGGUGGGUUGGAAAUGGUCUUCUCAGUAAUUUCAGUCUGGGCUCUUUUUUAAACUUCGAAGCAGCUUCGCGUUUUCAAGAUUUCACCAACCUCCUCCGCAUUCUUCAUCUUCUUCUCCACCGGCACCCUUGCUGUUGCUUUUUUUGUUCUCGUCUGCGUAAUCUGUUACCCUCUUUCGAUAUCUCCAAGAUGGCUAAUGCUAAUUCAGGUGUACCGAAAUCUCUUCCUGCUGCUGCGAGAAAUGGAACCCCUCAGAAUGGCUCACUUGUUGUGUGUUUUGGGGAGAUGUUAAUUGAUUUUGUUCCAACUGUUGGUGGAGUUUCCCUUGCAGAAGCACCAGCAUUUAAGAAAGCCCCUGGUGGAGCUCCUGCAAAUGUUGCUGUUGGGAUUUCAAGGCUUGGUGGAUUGUCAGCAUUUAUUGGCAAGGUAGGUGAAGAUGAAUUCGGGUAUAUGUUGGCUGACAUCCUAAAACAAAAUAAUGUCGAUAAUUCUGGCAUCCGUUUUGACCCUGGUGCACGGACUGCACUUGCAUUUGUUACCCUGAGAGCUGAUGGUGAGCGUGAGUUCAUGUUUUUCCGCCAUCCUAGUGCAGAUAUGCUUUUUCGAGAAUCAGAACUUGAUGUGGACCUUAUUAAGAAGGCAAGUAUAUUCCACUACGGCUCAAUCAGUUUGAUUGAAGAGCCAUGUAAGUCUACACAUAUUGCUGCUAUGAACAUUGCUAAGAAAUCUGGUAGCAUCCUCUCUUAUGAUCCAAAUUUGAGGUUGCCCCUGUGGCCAUCAGCAGAAGCUGCUCGUAAGGGUAUUAUGAGCAUAUGGGACCAAGCAGAUAUUAUCAAGAUAAGUGAGGACGAAAUUACAUUCUUGACUGGAGGUGAUGAUCCUUAUGAUGACAAUGUGGUUCUAAAGAAGCUUUUCCACCCUAACCUUAAGCUUUUGCUGGUUACUGAAGGGUCAGAAGGUUGCAGAUAUUACACCAAGGAAUUUAGGGGGAGGGUUCCUGGGGUUAAAGUUAAAAGUGUUGAUACAACUGGUGCUGGUGAUGCAUUCGUAAGUGGAAUACUGAGCAGUAUAGCAUCUGACCUAAAUCUGUACAAGGAUGAGAAACGGUUAAGAGAGGCUCUUCUGUUUGCAAAUGCCUGUGGUGCACUUACGGUCACAGAGAGAGGAGCUAUUCCCGCAUUGCCAACAAGAGAGGCGGUCCUUCGAGUCUUACUAAAAGCUGUAGCACUGUAGCAUGAAAGGAGAGUCACAUAUUGUUUCCCUCUUAAGUAGUUGUGUAGUUGUUUGUAAUGGAAUUUUUGUUUUCCUCUGUUGUGGUAACAAAGCACUCAGUGUCUCUGCUUUCCCUUGUGAACAAAUGGAUUCCAAAGCCCCAAGCUCAGCAUGGCUUAUAACUCAUGGGUGCAUUGUUGUUGCUUAUGCUCAGUUGUAUAUCCGAGGACUACAAGUAAGUUCAGGGAAGAAAAUGUAGGCUUGAAAAGGAAAAGGAAGAUAGAAAUGGUAGCAAAUGAAGCUGUCAUAGUUUUGAGAUUGUA